AUGGCUGAAAAGACCAACAAGAACGAGUUCCCUAUUGAGGAGAUUGACGACAACUCCUGGAUGACCGGUCAGGUUGUCAUUUCUCGCCAUGCUUCUAAGCCAGAUGGCCCAUGCUGGGAUGAUGGCAAAGGCGCCUUCUUUACCAUCUCCGAGGCCCCGAGCCCAAAGCCCUCGACCCGGCCUCUCUCUGAUUCUUGCCCCAUCGUCGAACUGUCCUGUGGACCCAUAUAUACACUCGCAGGCAAUUUUCAGGUUGGCCACGCCUAUCUGACGAUUAAUCCCAACAUAGGAACCCCCGAGCACAUUACUCUGGAAAAGCUCGCCGAGAUGGACCUUUCGUUCAAGGUCCCAAAGGUCUACUACCACGGAGUCCACAGUGACAGAUAUUAUCUGGUCUGCAGCUCAUUCCCGUCGGGUCGCGAAUUGCUGUACGCCUGGCUCGAGACUGAUGAUCACGAUACCAGGUCACUUUGGGUGGCACAGAUUGCUGACGCCUGCCUGGAAUUGUCCAAAUUCCGCGGCAGCGCUAUCACUGCUAUCGACGGUGGCAUUCUAAAUGACCAUAUGUUGACGCGAGAGGUUGGAUUAGCUAGCGACAUGGACUAUAAACCCGAGAAGCUGCGCGAAAAUUGUUCAGAAAUUGGUCUCGACUGCUCUGAGCUCGCGUUUGCCUUCAACAACAUCCAGCCACUUGCAUUCACGGUCAACAACGAGGGUCUGGUAGGUAUCAGGUCCUGGAGUCAUGCUGGUUUUGUCCCCAGGGACUGGAUCGGAACAAAGGUGCGCACGAACGAUUUGAUGGAGUCGGCCGAUAUAUGUAAUAAGCUGUGGACGAAGGAGGAUAAGGCUUAUUGGUCUUACUACAUAGGGGUGGCUCUCAAGGAGAAAGGCUUCAAGGAGUUCUGGCACGAAUUCGCCACCUGGAAUUCCAAGAAUGUCGAACGACACAUGGAAAAGAUUGGAAAGGCUUGA